AUGGCGAUCAAUCAGAUUCCACGCAUCAUUGGCUUCCAAAUUCUGCGCUCGCUCAAUCUCCUCAUUUCCUCUGCAGGCGACAUUGACCUACUGGGUCUGGCCAAAGACUUUUUCUGGAGUCUCCCCGAUCAAGAAGCAGGCAUCCCAGAUGCCCUGUUCUACACAUAUAUGAUUGAUACAGUCAUAAACAGCCUCAUUGAUUACUAUCUCAGCCAUGUGGUCGCAAUUAUGCUGAUUCUCGAAAGCGAGAGGCUACAUGCUACCAACCAGAGUACAGCUGACUUCGUCAAUGACAACAUCCAGAAUCAACCAACUACUCGCAGCUUGACCCGAACUUCUUCGUUCCUGUACCGUAUGGGUGGUCUGCGGGUUUUCCUAAAAGGUCUCCAGACGGGAAUCGUGUACCGCGCUGUCCACUUUGCCCUUGCAAGUCUAUUACAGAUGGUACUCUUCCGACAUGAUCUUCUCAGGCCCAUCGCGCAUGUCAUAUCCACCGUGGUGUUAGCGGAACUCCACAUGGCCUGGACACACGCCACUAUAUCCGCAACCUCAUCCACAGGGUCUCUGUUAAAACUGCGCCACAAUCACAAAGCAUGGAGGAAGCUACUCACACCAUCCUUCGUCUGCGCUGCGGCCCGCGCAGUAAUCGAUUAUCUUCCCGAUGCCGCUGACUCUUCAUUCAACCUAUUCUUCAAGCAGGCCAGCACACGUGACCCCUCAGAACAUUAUAUUGCAUACUUUGAAGUAUCAACCAUGUUACCAACACUUAUCCUUCGCAUGAUUGUCAUGCUCCCGGCUUCUAUUGCAUUGAUCUUAGUAGAGGCGAGCUUUCUCCCGGAAACGGAGACCACAAUCGUUCCUUCCACUCAGGGCCGGAGAGCAAGGAUGUCUGCAUUGGUCUGGGGGAAGAUCAGCAAAGUUCGAUCGGGUUUUCCUGGUGUAUAUGGGCUUGUGCGGGGGUCCACAUUCUUCUGGAUGUGGGAGCUGCAUGCUAAGAGGUGUUUACUACAGUCGGUAGUUGAUAUUAUCAGCAUGUGGUUGGAGGGUGGAUUCGAAUGA